CACCGGAUGUUUGUCUCCGUCUGCGUCCCCGGAACAGCCCGUAGAUCACGGAGUCCUCGGUAACGCAGCUGCUGGGCAUGAAUCUUAGCACUGUCCCUUCCAUCCUCCUCCACACCUUCUUUGCGAACCCACAGUGUGCAAAGAGGUGAGCCCCCGACUCCACCCCAUUACAGUCCUCCAGUGGGCCGUGGGGUGCGGAGACAUUCCGGGCGUACAGGAGGGAUCUGACUGGGAGGACCCCUCUCACCGCCAGCCAGGCUAGGUCUUGGUGCCUGUUGGUGAGAUCUGGCGAUGAGGCAUUUUGCCAGAUGAACUGGACGGUCUGCUCAGGGAACCACCCCACUGUGUCCAUCUCGUCCUUCUCCUGCAGUGCCUGCAGGACUGUCUAAUGGCCUUGUGGUCAAAUGCGUUGGCCUUGAAGAAUUUUUCUACGAAGGACAGAUCCAAAGUGUUGGAGAAUGAAUCAAUUACUUUGCCCAGAGCAGUACAACAUUCCUUGCCACCUUUAAGGAAAGCAAACGGGACAAUACUGCGGAAUGGAUUUAAUGAUGAUUUAGCACUUACUGCAAGCAGCUUGCUGAAGAAGAAUGGACCAAUAAAUGAAAUCAGGGAGAGACCAAGAUCUGCUGAAAUCCUACAAGAACUUUUAGUCCAAGGGAUCUUAAAUCAGAGUCAGAAUGAAGAAUGGCAGGAAGCUGACAGUCCUCUGGUGCUUGUUGUGAAGGCAACUGUGGGAGUGCUAAAGAAGCUUCCGUCCAGACUCGCUAAGAUAAGGAAUGAAACAAUUAAACAAGAUAAUGUAACAAUAGAGGAUAUUGAAAACAAAAUGAUGGCAGAAGAUGAAAGAAAAAAGAUGAAAGAAGUGAAGCUAAAGGAAAGAUUGAAUAAGUUUAAUUCUUCAGUGUUGACAAUCAAAGACCAAUCUACUGGAAAGCCGACAGUACCUGACUCUGCAAAAAUGGAGGAAAAUGUUGAGGAAGUAACUAUUGCACAGAAAGAAAUUCAGCAGGAAAUGCAGGAGGUGUUGAAGGGAGAAGAGAGCAAUGAUGAAGUGGAUGCAUCAAAUGAGCAGGAGAACAAGGUUAAUUCUGCACAGAGAGGGGAGGCAGUAGAGUUAGAUGAUGCCCAUUAUUUGACAAGACAAGUCGAGGAAGUAAUUGCGAACACAAGCUGAAUCAAUUUCACAAAUCAUUCAUCAAUUUCUAAAUGGCUUGCUUGUGUCUAUGGAUUUUUCUGUUCCUUUUUAAUAUGAUCUUGCACAGUCUUAAACUAAGAAUUGCCAAAUUCUACAAAGCCAAUGUGAAAAGAAUUAUUCUGAGUCAAUAAAGAUUA